GCGGCACCUCACGACCCAGAGAACUACAAUCCCCAAGCAGGCAAGCGGAGAGCCGAGCGAGUGGGGGGCUAGCGUCACGUGGGCGUGCGGCCUGGGCGGGCUAUUUCUCAGUGCGGCGGCGGCGGUGGCGGCGGUGGCGGCGGCUCAGGGGACCGGGGCCUUUUGUCUGGAGCGGCUGAGGGGGGGACCCGGAGCGGGAAGACCGGCGGCCUUCCCCAGCUCGCUGGGUCCCGGCCGCCCCUCGCUGGGGUGAGGGCCCGUCCCCUGGGCCGGGCGUCGCCUCAGGCACCGCCGCCCCGCCCUCGGCCCGCCCCGCCCGGCCCGAGGGGAGGAACCGGCCGGGCCUCGCCGCGAGGCCCAGCCAGCCUCGGAGUCAGUCACAGGCGCUGCGCUCGGUGCCUCGGACCCAAGGCUGCCUCCCGUGCGUGCGGCUGACGCCAUGAAGAUCAAGGAUGCCAAGAAGCCCUCUUUCCCAUGGUUUGGCAUGGACAUCGGAGGGACUCUAGUAAAGCUCUCGUAUUUUGAACCUAUUGAUAUCACAGCAGAAGAAGAACAAGAAGAAGUUGAGAGCUUAAAAAGUAUUCGGAAAUAUUUGACAUCUAAUGUAGCAUAUGGAUCCACUGGUAUUCGGGAUGUACAUCUUGAACUGAAAGAUUUAACACUCUUUGGCCGAAGAGGGAACUUGCACUUUAUCAGAUUUCCAACCCAUGACCUGCCUACUUUUAUCCAAAUGGGAAGAGAUAAAAACUUCUCAACAUUACAAACGGUGCUAUGUGCUACAGGAGGUGGUGCUUACAAGUUUGAAAAAGAUUUUCGCACAAUUGGAAACCUCCAUCUGCACAAACUGGAUGAACUUGACUGCCUUGUAAAGGGCUUGCUGUAUAUAGAUUCUGUUAGCUUCAAUGGACAAGCAGAGUGCUAUUAUUUUGCUAAUGCCUCGGAACCUGAGCGAUGCCAGAAGAUGCCUUGUAACCUAGAUGAUACCUAUCCACUGCUAGUGGUGAACAUUGGCUCUGGAGUCAGUGUUUUAGCAGUCCAUUCCAAAGACAGCUACAGACGAGUGACUGGGACAAGCCUUGGAGGCGGUACCUUUCUGGGUCUGUGCAGCUUACUGACUGGCUGCGAAAGUUUUGAAGAGGCUCUUGAAAUGGCAUCCAAAGGUGACAGCACCCAAGCUGACAAGCUGGUCCGUGAUAUUUAUGGAGGAGAUUAUGAAAGGUUUGCACUGCCAGGUUGGGCUGUAGCAUCAAGUUUUGGGAAUAUGAUUUAUAAGGAGAAGCGAGAAUCUGUCAGUAAAGAAGACCUGGCCAGAGCUACCUUAGUUACCAUCACCAAUAACAUUGGUUCUGUGGCACGACUGUGUGCUGUGAAUGAGAAAAUAAACAGAGUUGUCUUUGUUGGGAACUUCUUACGUGUCAAUACUCUCGCAAUGAAACUGUUGGCGUAUGCACUGGAUUAUUGGUCCAAAGGGCAGCUGAAAGCGCUGUUCCUAGAACAUGAGGGGUACUUUGGAGCUGUUGGUGCACUUCUUGGGCUGCCAAAUUUCAGCUAAAGCAUCAAGUCUGUGCCUGCUAGUAAGUGUCAUCUGAGAGGAACUGAACCAGAGGCAUUGGUACCACAAUGUUUGUCCCUGAGAACCAAAGGAUAAAGAAUACCACUAUUUCCUGUUGAUUCCCACUGUCAGAAGGGUACUGAAUGUUGCGUAUUAAAAGAGACUUCUGUGAUAUGUGAAGUAUUUCUUGUGGAAAUGCUCUUCCUCCUGUAGAUAGCCAGUGUUAGAUCCUUAAAUGCAAUACAGCCUCUGUGGAUGGAGCUUUUUCUCUAAAGAUUUUUCUAUUUGUUUUACAUAGCGUUGUAGUACUGUAUGCUGAAAACAAAUCUUUAAGUCUCAGAAAUGUUAAACCUACGAAAAUGAUUCUGAAUAUUUGUCUUGAGUUGGUUGUAUGUGUGUUAUGGGUUACUAUAGAGUGGACAGUAACAUAACAUAACCUGUAUCAAAAAAUACUGAAAUGGCAAUCAAAGAUGAUCAUUUUUGUGUGAUUUAGAAAUGUUUAGGCAAUAUUAUUGUUUUUCUGACAUAUUUUACCCACAUAAAAGCAUGUUCCAGUGAUCUUUCCUGAGAGGUAUAAUUUUCUCAGAUAACCAUAAUUUAAAUGAGAUACUAUUUAAUUUGUAGCCCAAGUUUUAAAAUGAAUUCUGAAAAAUUCUCUAUUUGGUAUCAUUGCACUUUCUGUAGUUUGAGUUAAUCAACACACGUUACAAUGUUUUGUGUUUUCGUUGUUGGGAGGCUGAUUUCUUUGGGAUCUUGUCUCAAGAAGUCUUAAGAUUGUGGUGUGUGAAUUGUUGGGUUUGUGGCCCUUUCCCACCACAUCAUGGCCUGUACUUGAGUUAUGCUUUUUCCAUUUUGUCUGAACCCUCAGAGCUAAAUACUUUAUUCUGUUAACAGCAGUUAACAGAAUCACAUUCUAGAUGGAUAUUAUAUAAAUCUGAAGCCUGAGCGAUAUGAAACUUAUGGAGAGUCUAAGUCAGUAUUGCAGAAUUAUUAAACAAUCAGUGUUUCAUACAUUCUGGCGAUUUAAGAAAAGCAUUACAAUUCUCUACCUUGUAAAUCCUCUUGCCUUGAGAAUUAUUCUGUGUUUUGGAAUUUUUCUUAACAGUAUUGUAAAUUUUUGCAGAUUUUUACACCGACAGUGACAUUUGGUGAUCCAGUAGCUGUGUUAACUUGCUUAUGGUGUAGGACAAAAUGAGAAAAACCUCCACAUCUUGAAAUGACUAGAUGAUCUAGAGUACCUUGAAGAGACUGAAAGAUGUUUGCAUUAUAAAGGGAAGUAUUUCUGUGUGCUUUUAUGGAACACAGUAUUGCUGAAUGGAGAGUUUUCAGUAGACUAAUGAAGGUGCUUGAUUAAAACAUUUCUUCAUAUAGUUUUCAGAAUAUAUCUUUUCAAGUAUUGAAAAUCUAGUCUUCUUCACCCGAAGGCAUAAACAUGAGUGACAGAAUGCAUGUGUAGCACUUAG